AGCUAUCAUAUUAUACGCCUUGCUACGCAUACAUAAACACAGACUCUAACUUUCCCUCCCUUUACUUUUCUACUGCAAAAUUUAAGAAGCAGAGAGACAAACGUGUCAGGCCUAGAAAGAUGAUCAUUCAUAGCAUCCAGAUCAGUGUAUGUUGUGCUUCUCACGGGAGACCCUUUGAGAUUUGCGCCAAGGGAAGAUCUUGAGCGAAUCAGAAUGAUUUAAAGCAAAGGCGGCGAGAAUUUAUUACUAUAUCAGUCUUUUGCUCUGAAAUGAAAUUUCAUUAAUUUUUAUUUUUCUCCCCAGCAAUUUACGACGUCAUUUUCAUUUUUCCCCAAGGUUGGCAGAAUUCCGACGACAUAUUUCUCUUUGGGCAGACAACUUUUAUAGCCGGACACUCCAUUGCUAAGACCCUAAAAGACGUUUUCUUUCCCUGCUUUUCCGAGCAAAUCAGAAUUGCUUCGCCUCUUCAAAGCGCCUUGCUUUUCUACAAUUUUUUUAGAUAACUGCUUUUUUGCAAGCUGUAACUUUGGGUGGAUAACCACCGCCAGUAGUAGCGCAUUUUCUUGCCUUUCCCUGUUAUUAUCUAACCAAACCACGCUCUUCUCGCUAACAGCGUCAUCGCUGGAACAACGACGCGAAAUCCAAGUUAGAUGGGGUGUAAUUGUUUCAGUCAAAGUUCCCUGCGCUUCUGAGUAGCGUAUUAGAGACUUUAAGAGCGUUCUUGCUUGCAAACCAUUUCUGGCAUUGGUUUAGGUACCGGUCCAAGUCUGUCUCUGUUCGGUGAUUUGGUAAGGGAGGUUGAGUGCAUCGAUUACUAACCAUUGCAGCAGAGGUUUAACCUAUGGACGGAUUUAGAGAAACGAAGCCGUAGCUUAUCGUUUUGUCUGAAGGUUUUGCUGUGGUCACAGGCUCAUACUUCAUUUUGUCCGAAUCCCAGGGUAAAAUGAAGUUUAUGAAGUUGGGUUCGAAGCCUAAUGCUCUUCAAGCUGACGGAAAGUCUAUCAUCAGGUAUGUGUCGACCGAUUUGGCCACUGAUGUGAUCAUUAAUGUUGGUGAAGUGAAGUUUUACCUUCAUAAGUUUCCUCUCUUGUCUAAGAGUAAUCAAUUGCAGAAGCUGGUAUCGAAGGCAGAUGAAGAGAAUUCUGAUGAAAUAUACAUAGCUGAUUUCCCUGGAGGUCCUAAAGCCUUUGAAAUAUGCGCAAAAUUCUGCUAUGGAAUAACUGUUACUCUUAAUGCGUACAAUGUUGUGGCUGCCCGUUGUGCAGCAGAGUACCUUGAGAUGACUGAGGAUAUCGACAAGGGGAACUUGAUUUUUAAGAUUGAGGUGUUUCUAAACUCAAGUAUCUUCCGUAGCUGGAAGGAUUCCAUCAUUGUUCUCCAGACUACUAAAUCUCUUCUGCCAUGGUCUGAGGAUCUGAAGAUCAUUGGAAGAUGCACAGAUUCCAUAGCUUCAAAAACUUCUGUGAACCCAGAACACAUCACGUGGUCCUACACGUACAACCGGAAACUAAGUGAGGAUGAUAAAAUUACUGAGGACCAGAUGAUAUGCCAAGAGAAAAUUGAGUCAGUUCCCAAGGAUUGGUGGGUUGAAGAUGUUUGCGAGUUGGACAUUGAUCUUUACAAAAGAGUAAUGAUUGCUGUCAAAUCAAAGGGAAGAAUGGAUGGUGUCAUAAUCGGAGAGGCUCUUGAGGUCUAUGCAGUCAGAUGGUUACCUGAAUCUGUUGAGGCAUUAGUUUCUGAUGCUCAUGCUCAGAGGAAUAGAUUAGUUGAAACAAUUGUCUGUUUAUUGCCGUUUGACUAUGGUGGGGGCUGUUCAUGUAGCUUCUUGCUGAAGCUAUUGAAAGUGGCCAUACUAGUUGGAGCACAUGAAUCAUCGCGUGAAGAAUUGAUGAAGAACAUUAGCUUCAGAUUGCAUGAAGCUUCUGUUAAAGACUUGUUGAUCCCUGCCAGGUCUCCGCAGACAACCAUAUACGAUGUUCAAUUAGUACAAUGUCUUUUGAAUCGAUGCAUGACUUCUGAAAGGGAAAGCCAUGAUAUGGAACUUGAUGAGUGCACGGACAAAGGAAAAAGCUUGUUGAACAUUGGCAAGUUAGUGGAUGGUUACCUGGCAGAAAUUGCACGUGAUCCCAGUCUCAAUAUGUCUAGUUUCAUUGAAUUGUUACAGUCAAUUCCAGAGUUUGCUCGGCCAAAGCACGAUGGUCUCUACAGAGCUAUUGACAUAUACUUGAAGGAGCACCCGAGCCUAACAAAAGCAGAAAGGAAGAAGAUAUGUGGUUUGAUGGAUGUGAAGAAGUUGACAGUGGAUGCUUCAAUGCAUGCUGCACAGAACGAGCGGCUUCCACUCCGAGUUGUAGUUCAGGUUCUCUUCCAUGAGCAGCUUAGAGCUUCUACGAAGGUUCAAGCUCUCAGCAGCAAUCAAUGUGACGAGGAUUGCGAGAAAACACUGGGAGAGAAUUGCCAGUCAUUCAAAGAUCAGAGGAGCCAUUUGAGCAGCAAAGAUGAAGAGCUAUGUAAUAAAGGGAAAUUGAGGAAGAACAAUAGCAAAAGCAGUAAAAGUGGUAUGCAACUCCUACCAUCUCGGUCAAGGAGAAUCUUCGAUAAGUUGUGGAUUGUGGGGAAAGGACAGGGAGAGAAUCGGAGCUCCGAGACUUCAGGGAGUUCUAACAGCCCAACUUCUGUAGUCCCUGUAGAUACCAAAUCAUCCGGUUCUUCCUCAAGACACAGGAGGCAUUCUGUCUCAUAGGGGAGGCAUUUGCAGUUCAUAGAUUACUUUAGCUAUCAAGGAAAGAUAAAACUUGUGGUGGAAAUGUAAAUUGCUAGGAACUUGUGUUAGUUGAUCUUGAUAGAGAUGUUGUGAGGUAUUUGUCCUCGACGUCGCCGUCCCAUUGGGGUGGGGAUCUUGAAUGUUUAUGUAGCAUUUUUCUUGUAUAGAUAGGGGAUUGGAUGAAAUUUAAAAGCUUUUGAAGUGUUUCA